AUGAGACAAAGAAGCCGUUUUGCUGGUUUUUCACUGUAUUUGUCAAACACAACUAUAAAGGAGGAUGGGUAUCUAUGUUACAAGAACGGACAGGAGUUACCGACCUUGGAUUUCAAUACAACUUGCGUCAAACAUGGACGUUACGUUAUAUUUUACAAUGAAAGACUUGACGGAACGACUUAUCCUACCGGAUAUGAAACAUCCCAUGUUUACACUGAAUUGUGUGAAGUAACUGUAACAGGAUGUAAAGAAUCCGGUGUGUAUGGAUAUAACUGUGAUCUACCCUGUCCAAACAACUGUCAGGAAUUGAGAUGUGACAUUGUCAACGGAACGUGUUUGGGUUGUACUGCAGGAUGGAUGGGAGAGUUUUGUAAUGAAUCCUGUCCAGCUGGAUAUUACGGUCUACAGUGUAGAUCUAUAUGUAUUGGACACUGCAGAGACAACCUGUCCUGUAAUCACACCACUGGACAAUGUGACUAUGGUUGCGGUAAUGAAUGGACAGGAAUACAUUGUAACACAGAGUGUCCUGCAGAAUCAUACGGCCCUGAUUGUGUGUAUAACUGUAGUGGACAGUGUCUAAGUUACCUCCCCUGUAACAGGGCAACAGGAAGAUGUGACAGUGGCUGCAAUCUAGGAUAUACAGGGGAACGCUGUGACAAAGGAAGGAGUGCCCUCCAGGAACAUAUGGCCCAGAUUGUCUGA